GUCAGUGUUCUGACGCAACCAGGGCUACAGGUCUUUUUCAUUAACGUCACAGCACUGAGUCUGCUCUGUUCCAGCAGACUUCUGGAUUGGGGAUGUCGCUGCGCUCCAUGACGCGCUCAGGUCCCUGCUGCUGCUGCAGAAACAAUCAGGAGCAGAAGGCGGUUUGACUGGGAGGCUGAGAGCUUUAAACACACGAGGGAUUAUUUCUUUUGAUCGCUUUUUUUUUCCUGGAAGAAAUUAGAGACCUUUUGAAGGGAAAGACCCGAAACGCGUGUUAGUCAACCAUCAUCUAGAAACGCCGCCAUGAUGAAAUUGGGCAGAAUGGUCACAGGAGGCUGGAUGCGGAACAACUCUGCCACUUCUAAAGCGAAGAGCUGCCACCCCAAUCUGAAGAUGUUCCUUGCAGCACUGUCCUUUGCUUACUUUUCGAAGGCAUUAUCUGGUAGCUACAUGAAAAGCACGAUCACACAACUAGAGAGGAGAUUUGACAUUCCCAGCUAUCUGAUCGGCAUCAUAGAUGGAAGCUUUGAAAUCGGGAAUUUGCUUGUGAUUGCAUUUGUUAGUUAUUUUGGUGCCAAACUUCACCGACCCAAGAUCAUAGCAGUGGGAUGUGUCUUGAUGUCUUUAGGGACCUUCUUGAUGGCGAUGCCUCAUUUCAUUAAUGGACGCUAUAAGAUUGAAACAUCAAUACGAUCUUCAAUGAAUUCAACAGCCAACCUCUCUCCAUGUCCAAUAAUUUCAUCUGAAUCAUCUAAGCCAGGUGACAGAACUUCAAUGCUGCCCUCUACAGGCUGUGUGCAGGAGUCGAGCAUUUCUAUGUGGAUUUAUGUGUUACUUGGAAACAUCCUACGUGGGAUUGGAGAAACUCCAGUUCAGCCCCUGGGAAUCUCCUAUAUUGAUGAUUACGCACAGUCUGAGAAUGCUGCUCUUUAUAUUGGCUGUGUCCAGACCAUUGCUGUUAUUGGUCCUGCAUUUGGAUUCUUGCUGGGGUCACUUUGUGCAAAGCUCUAUGUAGACAUUGGCUAUGUUGACAUGGAGACGGUCACCAUCACCCCUCAGGAUGCACGCUGGGUGGGAGCAUGGUGGUUAGGCUACCUCAUUGCUGGUGCCAUCACCCUCAUGUCUGCUGUACCUUUCUGGUUCCUGCCCAAGUCUCUGCCAGUGCCUCUAGUUAAACAUGAUAGUAGCUGCUCUCCAGACCAGACCAGGUUUAUCAAAGAUUCUCCAGCCAUGAACCACAAGAUCAGACCAGAGGAGCCAGCUAAUUUACAUCUAAUGUUAAAGGAAUUUGUACCAACUUUGAAGAAUCUUCUUGGAAAUCCUGUGUACAUUAUCUACCUGUGUGUGACAAUCAUUCAGUUCAACUCUCUCAUUGGUAUGGUCACCUACAAGCCCAAAUACAUUGAACAGCACUACGGCCAGUCAGCAUCAAAAGCCAAUUUACUUAUGGGCAUGAUUAAUAUUCCAGCUGUGGCCCUUGGGAUGUUUUCCGGAGGGGUCAUCAUGAAGAAGUACAAGCUGGAUGUUCUGGGAGCAGCUAAAUUUGCUUUUGGGACUUCCUUACUGGGCUACUUCCUGUCACUUUUUUUCCUGGCCAUGGGCUGUGAAAACACCAAGGUGGCUGGCAUAACAGUCUCCUACACUGGAAUGGAUAACCGGUCGUAUCAGGAACUGUCUCUAUUCUCCGACUGUAAUUCUGGAUGCAUGUGCUCAAGAAAAGAGUGGGAUCCAGUGUGUGGAGAGAACGGGGUCACCUAUGUUUCCCCUUGUUUAGCUGGGUGCACGUCGUCCAUUGGUUUGGGAAGAAACAUGGUGUUUGAGAAAUGCAAGUGUGUAGCAGCUGCUAGCGUCCAACCAGCCAACCUAACUGCCAGUUUAGGCCAGUGUCUGCCCAGAAACAACUGUGACAAAGUAUUUCCGUACUUCAUGGCUCUGUCAGUCCUAAGCUCCUUUAUCAUCUCUCUUGGGGGAACACCUGGCUUCAUGCUGCUUGUCAGGUGCAUUAAACCUGAGUUAAAAUCUCUAGCUGUCGGGAUCCACACGCUAGCUACACGCACCUUGGCAGGAAUACCUGCCCCCAUCUACUUUGGAGCCAUAAUUGACACAACCUGCCUGAAAUGGGGAAACAACACAUGUGGAGGAAAAGGUGCUUGCAGAAUAUACAACACCUCAGCUUACAGGGUAUUUUACUUGGGUCUCACGCUUGGACUAAGGGCCGUUUCUUUUUUCUUUUGCAUUUGGGGGUUUUCUUUACUCAAAAAACACAUUAAAAUGGAGGAGAAAAAUGCUCUGACCAUUGGGAAUGGCGAGCUGGAGUCCUUGAGGAAAGAAGAGAACAGCUCCAUAGACUGUGAGCCAUUUAUAUUGACUUCAGGCUACAGUGCUGACAGGGAAACCCACCUGUAAGCCUCAACAUGUCCUCUUGUAUUUGGUAAAAGGAAUAUGCCUCACGUGUUGAGAUAGGCACUGAUUUAUAUUUGUAUAGAAGAGAGGAGCUGUCUAAAAACAUAUUUUAUAGAAAAGUCUUUUUGUGUUUGUGUUCAGCGAUUUUUAACGGACUUAUGAUGAGAAACAAACAGAAUGUAAUUGUAUAAACUUUCUGUAGAAACCAUUGCUUUUAUUUUGAAAUGUGAAUGUUAAAUUUAACAUAUAUUCAGCAGCCAGAUGAAGCCACCUGUGAUUAUGAUACAACUGUCCACUCGUUCACCAUUUUGACACUAUAGUAUCAAUAAUAGGAAAAUACUGCUAAUGACAAUGUGCCUCGACUCCUCCGGUUAGUGUUGGACCAUUUCAGCGAUUUUCAUCUACUAUCGAGUUCACUCGAAACACAGUGUUAUCCAAAAUAAUUUUGUCAACACAUAAAAAAAUGUGUGUCUACACAAAAUAUGAAUGAAUCAUUGGCACGUGUCACUGCUGCCUUCUUGUGUAACCACCAUUGCUGCAGUGACACGCAUCAAAGUUUCAUUAAUCAUGCUGUCAUUGUAAACUGACCGUCAGUGACAGCAUGAUGAACACCUGGAUUGAUAAUGUUAGACAGUGGCAUCCAGUAGGGAGAUAACAUGUUAAUCAAUCAAUCAAAAUGUAUUUAUGAAGCGCUUUUCAUGCAAAUGCAGCUCAAAGCGCUUUACAAUAUUAAAAACAACCAGACAGCAGUCGGUUUCCCUCCCACACAGAUUCACAUACGAGAUCCCCUUUGUGUCUCCCUCCUCCCACCCUCAAUCCCGUCCCAAGCAGAUGCAAACUUCCGCACGCACGCACACACACACACACACACACACACACACACACACACACACACACACACACACACACACACACACACACACACACACACACACACACACGGAAUAGAGAAAGGGCAGCUGGCUGAGUGCAGAUGUAGUAGAUACAAAGAAGACGAAAAUGCCAUCAAAGGAGCCAACUGCACCGGGAGCACCAAGAUUGGCAGCAAUAGCCUUGGCAAGAGUAAACAUGGGAAGCACCCAGUGUUGCCAACUCAGCGACUUUGCCACUGUUCCUAACGACUUUUUGACCCCCCUCAAGGACUUCUUUUCCAAAAAGCGCCUAGUGACAUAUCUCAGGACCCGUUGCUACUUUCUGUAGAACUUUCUUGUAGAUAUUCCCUACAGAUUAGCAACGAAAGAGAAUGAUAAUCUGCACAUGUGCACGAGGACUGACCAAUCACAAACCGUUUUCGGCUGGGCUGAUUCGCGGAAGACAAAGGUACAGCUGCAGAGCUGGAGACCGCCGAUGUACGUCUGCUGCUGCUGCAGGCUCACGCCUCUACUAGAGACGGCGCAGGUGUCAACCUGCCAUCUCUGGCUCUGCAGCUGUCAGACACUUUGGCUUUUCCUGCAUUUGGCAAAUGAAGUCAACGGGAGUUUCAACUACCGUCCCGUUUACACACGCAGCUCUGUGGCUCAUCUGAAUUUCCUUCAGUGACACAGGGAUGGUUAUACUAUGAGACACCCGCUCCCUUUUGCUUGGUGCGCCUUUAUUAUCACAAUGGAGAGAAUACACAACAGAGGUGUAAAAAAACAGCUUUUUAGGAAAAUGUCUGUGAGAAUGAGGAGAGCAGGAGGUCUGAGUUAUAUCCUACAACAGAACAGUUUGGAUCACCACACCAUAUCUGUCUUAAUGUGACUUUAUUGAUACUUUUGGAAUUCAUUGUACAUAUCAAAGCAAUUUGGGCCAUUUUAAUCAUACUAAUUAAUAACUUUAACACAUAACAUAGUUUGUGUUAUUUUCCUCCCUUUUAGUCAUAUAUAUAUCCCAUGCUAUGGGGAAAAUGAACGCCAAUGUGUAAUAUGUAAAUUAGCACGUGACGUCAUCUGGCGACUUUUGGGGGGAACUUCAGCUACUUUCAGUCAAAAACAGUUGGCAACACUGGAAGCACCCCGGCCGCCACAUUCCACCGCUGCCCCCGGGGCAGCUGGCCCCCACACAGAAACAUUAGUUUACUAAUGAGACUAAGAUGAAAGUUAAGAAACAAAUCAAACAUAAACAGCUGAUAAAUAAAAAUCUAAAUAAAACACAGUGAUAAAAGAUGACCAAGUAGAAACAUAAUUAAAUUUAUAAAAUAUUGUACAACAAAGUAUUAAGACUGGUUAAAACUAAUAGUUAUUACAAGUUAAAAUAAAUAUGUAGGAAAAUAUGUGUUAUUUAAUUAAAAAGAGUAAGUAAUAAAACAUUGAUAAUAUAUAUAUAUAAGGUAAAAACAGGCUAAAAUAGAUCAAAAUCACUUAAAAGCUAUACUAAAAAGGUGAGUCUUGAGCCUGGCCUUAAAAACAAGAACACUCUCUAAGGCCCUGAGGUCCUCGGGCAGACUGCUCCAGAGGCGAGGGCCAUAAAACUGGAAGGAUGCCUCACCUUGGUAGUGUGUCCUGACUUUUGGAAUGAUGAGGAGAUGGCUGCCAGAGGAGCGCAGGGACCGCGAAGGCUCGUAUUUAUGAAGCAGUUCUGAGAGAUAAGAAGGCCCAAGACCAUUAAGACAUUUAAAAACCAUUAAAAGAACCUUAAAAUCAAUCCUGAAACGUACAAGAAGCCAAUGCAGCUUGUUUAAGAGUGGUGUAAUGUGCUCCUGCCUCCUGGUCUUAGUCAGGACACAAGCUGCUGAAUUUUGUAGGAGUUGUAAACCUGAGGUACUCUUUUUGGGAAUACCAGAAAGCAUCAGCGUCUCUGUAUCGGCCAGAGAGAGAAAGGGGCAGACUCUGGCGAUGUUUUUCAGGUGAUAAAACCAAUUUUUGUAAUAUUCUUAAUGUGGGGAAUAAAAGUUAGCCCAGAGUCAAAAAUAACACCCAGGUUAAUCACUUGAGAAGACGAAUGAAUAUUUAGUGACUGUAGCUGUGGAAAAAGUUUCUCUCUCUGGGUCUCAGGACCGACGACUAAAACUUCGGUUUUGUCCCGGUUAAGCUGGAGAAAGUUUUCUGACAUCCAGGAUUCGAUAUCCAAAAUACAAUUAAAAAGGGCAUCCAAUGGUCUUGCGUCAUCGGGAGACACAGAAAUGUACAACUGUGUAUCAUCUGCAUAACUGUGAAAUUGCACUCUGUGUCGUCCAAUGACGCCACCAAGUGGAAGCAUAUACCGAUUAAAAAGCACUGGGCCUAAAAUCGAACCCUGGGGCACACCACAAGUAAUGUCACAAGUCUUGGAACAGAAGGUAUCUAGAGUUCCCAUAAAAGUCCUGUCUGUGAGAUAUGAAGUAAACCAUUUAUGGACAGCACCAGAGAGGCCGAUGUGUUUUAACCGGUUUAAAAGAAUGUUGUGGUCCACUGUGUCAAAGGCAGCGCUUAAAUCCAGUAGAAAUAGAACCGUCACUUUCUGUGCAUCAUAAUUUAUUCUUACGUCGUUCAAGACUCUUAACAGGGCCGUCUCAGUGCUGUGGUUUACUCUAAAACCAGACUGAAAUUUCUCUAGGACAUUAUGUGCAAUAAAAAAAAUCAUUAAGCUGUAUUAAAACAAGCUUUUCUAAAAUUUUACUUGAGAAUGGUAAGUUAGAUAUUGGUCUGAAGUUGUUAAAAUCACUAAAAUCUAAAUUUUUCUUCUUCAACAGGGGCCUCACCACUGCCCCUUUAAAGGCAGCAGGAAAGACCUCUGUUUGAAGAGAACAGUUUAUCAUGGUUAAAAUCUCAUCUCUAAAAUAUUCAUAAAAUGGCUUAAAAAACGAAGUAGGAACUGGAUCUAAAAGACAUGUGGUGGGCCUUACUGAAGAGAAAACCUUAUCUAGAAUUUCAGCCUCAACCGGGACAAAACUGUCUAGUGUUUCCUCUGGUAAUGGUACACACUCAGCUUUCAAUAAAACCAUGUCACUGUGAGAGGAUAAAAUGUUGCAUCUGAUUGUGUGUACCUUCCCUCUGAAGUGGUCUGCAAGCUCCUCACAGAGAGAGUUUGAUGGUGUUUCCUGAGAUGCAUCAGUGUUUUUGUUAAAAAACUUUAUUGAUAGUGGAAAACAUGAUUUUAGGAUUAUUGUUAUUUUCUGAGAUAAUUUUGGAGAAGUAUGCAUACCUUGAGUUCCUUACUGCGUUGUUGUAUGACUAGAGUUUCUCUGUAUAUCUGAUAGUUUAUAGUGAUUUUGUUCUUCCUCCAUUUUCUCUGCCACCCUGCAGUUCCUCUUUUGUGUUCUGAGAGAUUUGUUCCUCCAUGGUAAUGUAAGUCUAGGCUGUAUCUUUUUAAUUUUUUGUGGGGUCAGACGGUCAAGGGUGGACUGAAGCCUGCUGUUAAAAUCGUUCAGUAUAAAAUCACAGGGAGCAGGUAAAGUAAUAGGAGGUAUCCUUUCUAAGGUAUCAAUAAAACCUGCAGCCACUUCAGGGGUUAGAUGACGUUUCCUGACAGUUCUCACAGAGGUCUCUUGCUGGGUGAAACCGGUGAUAUUAAAAAACAUGCAGUAGUGGUCAGAGUCAGCCAAAUCAACAACAGAGAGCACACAGGUAGACAGGUCAUGCGUGAUGACCAAGUCUUGGGUGUGCCCCCUGUUGUGAGUUGGCUGUGUGACGUGUUGGCUAAAAUCCAUAUAAUUAAGAAUAUUUUAAAAAUUGGUCGACAAAGGGUCUAAAAGAUUAUCCAUAUGUAAAUUAAAACCACCAGCUAAAAUUAUUUGUGUAAGUUUAAUAAAAACUCUGAAAAUUCUUCUAUAAAAUAUGUGCUAUGUUUUGGAGGUCUGUAAACUGUGACAGAUAAAAUUUGAGGAGUCCUAAAAACAGCUGCAUUAUAUUCAAAAGUGCUAAAAUUAUCAAAUAAAACAAGUUUGGCGGUAAGUGUUGCUGAGAUUAUAAAGGCAGUACCGCCUCCCUUUAUGCUGCUCCUUGUAGAGUAAGUAAAAUUAAAAUUUGGUGGGGAAACCUCUGUGAGAACAACAAGAGCAUCUGCACUCAGCCAAGUCUCUGUUAAAAAUAAACCGUCCAGGUUUGAUCUAAAAUUAAAUCAUUAAUAAAGAUUUUAUUCAGCAGAGAGCGGACAUUUAAGAGUGCCAUAUUAAAGGUAACUGGAGAGUGUGUGUGUGUGUGUGCGUGCGUGCGUGUGUGUGUGUGUGUGUGUGUGUGUGUGUGUGUGUGUGUGUGUGUGUGUGUGUGUGUGUGUGUGUGUGUGUGUGUGUGUGUGUGUGUGUGUGUGUGUGUGUGUGUGUGUGUGUGUGUGUGUGUGAAAGUGGAACUACUGGUAAGUGUUUAAGAUUACUGUGGUUGCGUUUGUUUGUUUUAUGGUGAUUUGGCUGCUCUCUGCUGGUAACAACAGGAAUUAGUGUGCUGGUGUGAGGUCCGAGUCCAAUAUUUGAGUAACUUUUAAAAUCAUAGCUGGGGUCAUAGGAGCAGGGACCAGCUGGACAUCAGGGAGUAAUUGAGAGGGAGGACGGGGUGGAAAUGGUGGGGGUAGCAGCACAUGGCGUUGUGGAUAGUGGUGGUCGUGGACAUGCCAAACUCAUUGCCAGGGCACGGGUACCCUGUCUAUUUAGAUGGAGCCCAUCUGCCCCAAACAGGUGCCUCCUGCCCCAGAAGAUGUUAAAAUUAUCUAUAAAACCAAUGUUGUGCAUCACGGUGGCAGAGGAGAGCCAAGUGUUCAAAGAUAAAAGUCUACUAAAAUGACCGGUAGGAGUGGGUCCAGAGAUAUAAACAGACACAUGUGAAUAUUUUAAAAGGUUAAAAAGGUGGAUAAAAUCACACUUCAGAAGCUCAGAUUGCUGCUUGUUGAUGUCAUUAGUUCCAGCAUGGAUAAAAACCCUACUCACAUGGGGAUGGAGAGCAAGGAGACCAGGGAUUUUUGCAGCAAUAUCAUUACCGUUGCUCCAGGGAAGGACAGAAUGAGCGCUCCUCUCAUACGUACGUUUCUGACGAUUGGAUCCCCGAUGAUGAGCGUGGUAGGCGUGUCAGCGUGCUGAUCGCUGUUGCCGGAAAUUCGCGCACGCUGAGGUCCAAGCAUAGGAGCAACUUCAGGGCUACUGCAACAUGUUGUCGGUAUCGGAAGACGUGCUCCAUGGGUCCGGGAUGAAAUGAAGAACUCCUCGGCGGGUUCUAGCUGUGAUCCGGGGUUUGGCUGGAAGGCUGGAGGAGCUUGGCUGCUGCCUCAUUGAGAGCUGAGAUGACUCGAGCGGUGAUCCUGAGGAGCGGUGGGGUCCGGGAGCUGUCAGAGGGGGAAGUCUUGAUCCAGGGCUUUGAACCUGUUGGUCAGUUUCAGGCGGGAGGGAGGAGAGCGGUGGCAAACCCCCCAUGCUCCCCUAUUGCGGCUGGACGCAACUGUGGACCAGGCACCCGACACGACUGGAGUGGAGCUGGUCGGGGCUUUAGGCUUCGCCCCCUGCUGAAACCAGCGAUCGCCCUCUGUAGCAGGGGAGGCAUGGGCAUUCUGAACCCCAAGUCCAAUCAGCGACCCUAUGGUGGAUCCUCGCUCCGUAACCUCAUCAUGCUGGAGGGGAACCGUAUCAGCUAGUUGGGCGCUAGUGGUGGCGGAGAAGGUCCGACCCAGGAUAACAACAGAGUUGCUUCUUUUUUCCUGGGUCUGCUGAAGAGUUGUAAUCCUCUGAUCUAGUUCGAGGACUCUUCGAGUGAGGUUUAGACAGCUGUCACAGCCAGGGCUACAGGUGAGCGGAGGCAUGGUGAGGGGGGAAGAGUUGUCAGGUACGUCCCACACACUACCGCUUAAGUAAAAACAUGUAAUAAAAAACAAUUGAUAAUUAAUUAAAACUGCACACCGGGCAGUGUUUUAAAAAAGCGGUAUGUAAUUACUGCGCCCAAUGUCCAAGAGAAAGAGUAAAAAAAAAAAAAAAUUCAUUAAAAUCAGAUAAAAACCAUGUUUUGUCAGGAGCCGGGCUGACGAGCCGCUUUACAAGCGUGAUCCACACCCCACACCAGUAGUGGUAUUUCCACGCACAAGUACAAUAUGAUGAAUACCAUACAAUGUGUAAAGUUGUUCCUAUGCAUGACACACGACACAUUUAAUCAUUAUGGACAGUAGGGUCAGGCAAUUGGACGAAUUAUUCUACCAUCCACUGUAGCCUGAGCCUUUCAAAAGUCAUCUUUACAAGAGCUAUUUGUUUACUUGCCCGUGAGUAUGUUUGUUAAUGACUUGUGCAGGUGCACAUACAUUUUAAAAGUUACGCACAGAGAACAAUGGCGGUAACAACAUCCAUCAAGAAAAGUUUCCGAUCAGAACACCUGAGCAUUAUCUCACACUUGUACAUUCUCUGCAUCUCGCUGUGGACAGGGCAUGCCAGCAUCAGUGUGCUGAAGAGGAGCUUGGAGUGCAUUUGCAGAUCAGAGAAUUUUGCUAACUUCUGUUUAUUUCAUUUGGACACAUUUUAAAAUUUUGGCUGAGUGCAGAUUUUAGCUUCUAGAACAAUAUUAAAAGUCAGGACUCUGUCCAAGGCAAAGUCCAGAACUUCUUGACAAUAAACUUUUCAGCAAGGCUCUUAGACAUUUGAUUACAGACGAACAAGCAGAUGACCAGUUUAGGUUUCUGGGGAUCAGAAGGAAUGUGCGUUCGACUGCAGCCUAGUUUAAGUGAAACCGCUUAAACGCAUUGUUAAUGUUACUGGGUAUUCUGCUCAGCUUGUUCGUACUAAAUAUUAAUUAAAAAUUUAUUUAGAUAUAAUGGUAUUGAAGGUUUAUUUUAAAAAAGGAAAAUGACUCGGAAAAAUGGAUCAUGACACCACUGAAUGCGAGCAAAUGCAACCUCCUCACAGUGCAUCUAAGUGCAGCAGUGAUUCCAUCCAUUUCCUAAUCAAACUCAAAAUUAAGAAACACAGUUGUACUAAAAAAACAUAUUAAAUAAAAUACCACACUGGUGGGCACCUUAGGGCAACAAAGAAGAGGCUUCUUUUCGACACCAUAACCGUGUGUAAUGUUGUAUAUACGUGAUCAAACAACAUUAAACCGUUUUCUGCUGUAUUUGGAACAACAGAUGACUGCACACGUCAUCCCAGCCUUCCUAGACAUCUUCACUAAAGAAACAACUUCCACUUCUCGCUUCUUAAUUUCUAAAGCCUGCUUUGCACACAGCGCCUACGGCUGCCUGACUGGGAACUGUCACCUCAGUAAUGGCGGCUCAAUUCCGGUUAUUUAACCGAAUUAGUCUAUUCCCAGGCUAUGCUCUUCCUCCGUUUUCUAAUUUUGUGAGUUUCACCUGUAUAGCAGACUGAAACUAUCUGAAAACAUUGCUGUUGUAUAAGUUAAAGAUCUUCGUCAAAAUCAACCCAAUGGUGUCAUUUAUUAACUCAAAUUGAGGUGUAGUUUGAUUUUACUUUAUGCAUCAGCUAAGUACAACAGUGAGAGAACAUUUUAAACACAUCGGUUGAGUUUGCUGGUUGGUUAAAAAAGCAAUACAGGCACGGCUGCCAUGCUGAUUCUUAAAGGCUGCACCAUUAUUUCCUGUCCUGAAACAGCAUUUAUUUCUGUAUGAUGUCUUCUCCCCAUCAGCUAAAAGGUGAAACUCAAGUUAUAAAUGAACAUCUCUGUUAUGUUAUCGAGGCUUGCUGCUUCAAAACCUACCUCAGCUGCAUGGUUGCUGUCAUAGAGCUGCCAUUGUGCCUCAUAAUUUGUUUUUAAUGACUCAAAUGCCCUUUACUGAUAAUUAGUAUUGCAUUUUCUGAUUUUGUGUGGUUGUUUUAUGUUUUAUUAUCUCGCCACUGUUGACUUGUUAAAGAUUAUAGAACAAGAUGUUCUGUUUAAAUCAGUGCGUAGGGUGCUGUUAAAGUUUAUUAAAAUAAAUAAAUAAAUAAAAGAA